AUGACCUCAGUCAACCUUCUUUUAUUCUUAUUAUUAAGUUUCCAUGCAAUGCAUUGAGCAGCUAUAGCUAGCUAGCAAGCCUUUAGUUUUGGUCAAUGGCUCAUUACCAGAGCAUCACCACCUUCCUCUCUUUGCUCCUUCUCUUCUUCAUCCCAUUAUUGCACUGCAAUGCUUCCAUGCAAACUAUCCAAAAUGAAGCCUUGAUUGCUUUCAAAUCUUCCAUCACUGAUGACCCACUUGGUGCACUGCUUGACUGGAAAAACACUGCUCACCAUUGCAACUGGUCUGGAGUUUCUUGUGAUCCAUCAACAAACGCAAUCAUCUCCAUUACUCUCAUUGAAACCCAACUCACAGGCUCACUCUCUCCAUUCCUUGCUAACAUCUCCACUCUCCAAGACCUGGAAUUGUCUGUCAAUGGCUUCUCUGGUUCAAUCCCUUCAGAAAUAGGCAACUUGAAGAACCUCCAAUUCCUUGACUUGAGCACAAACUUGUUCAAUGGAAGCAUCCCAGAAACCAUCUGCAACUGCUCUUCAUUGUCUAUUCUUGCGCUGGACACCAACAACUUCACUGGUUCCGUUCCUCCAUGCUUUGGGACAGAGCUUCUCAAUCUCCAGGUACUGCAAGCUUACUCUAAUGCUUUGGUUGGCCACCUUCCUGCUUCUCUUGGUAAUCUCAUAGCUCUGAGAAUUCUGGAUCUCAGCAACAACAUGUUAUCAGGUCCUUUGCCUUCUCAUAUGGCCAACCUUUCCAGCUUAUCCAUUCUCCAACUCCAUAUAAACCAGUUGUCUGGUAACCUCCCUCCAGACCUUGGCAAGUGCACCAAUCUAACUCUGCUGAACUUGUAUACCAAUGGAUUCACUGGCUCCAUUCCUCCUCAGUUAGGCCAACUAGAAAAUCUCCAAGUCUUGAGAUUGCAUGACAAUGAAUUAUCAUCUUCAAUCCCUGCUUCUUUAUCAGGUUGCAAGUCUUUGCUUUCUCUUGGUCUUUCUAUAAACCAGUUGACUGGUGUGAUACCACCUGAGCUUGGUUCACUGAGUUCACUGAAAUAUCUUGGUCUUCAUGUGAAUAGAUUAGUGGGACACAUACCUUCAUCUUUGAUGAACUUGUCCAGCUUAACAUACUUGGCUUUAAGCAUUAACUUACUCUCUGGAACCAUUCCUUCCAACUUGGGAUCUCUUGGUAAUUUGGUGGUCUUGAACCUCCAAAACAAUUCUCUUCAUGGUCCCAUUCCCCCAAGCAUCAUCAACUGCACACAUCUCCAGAAUGUCAGUUUAGCUUUCAAUAAAUUUACUGGUUCUCUUCCUUCUGGUCUUGGCAAGUUGAAGAACCUCACAUUCUUUGGAAUUGGUUCCAGUGAACUAUCUGGUCCCAUUCCUGAAGAUAUCUUCAAUUGCAGCAAGCUCUUUCUUAUUGAUCUGUCAUUCAAUAACCUCACUGGACCUCUGAGCCCAAGAGUUAGCAAGUUAACAGGUUUACAAACUUUACUCCUGCGUUCGAACUCCUUGUCGGGAGGAAUUCCACCGGAGAUUGGUAAUCUUAGCUCAUUGCUUGUGUUAAGCCUUGGCGGGAAUCGGUUUUCCGGCAAUAUACCUCCAGAGAUAUCAAAGUUAUCUUCUUUGCAAGGACUUGCAUUGGAUGACAAUUCUUUAGAAGGUGCGAUACCAGAUCAUGUUUUCCAACUGAAGCAACUAGUUCGUCUGCAGAUGCAAGGGAAUCAAUUUUUCGGUCCUGUUUCCGAAUCAAUAUCUAAUCUUCAAUCUCUUGCUUACUUGGAUCUACAUGGAAACAUGCUCAAUGGUUCAAUUCCAAUAUCCAUGAAGAACCUGAGACAAUUGCUGCUCUUGGACCUCUCUUACAAUAACUUCACUGGUCCUAUUCCUGGAAGUGUUUUAGAGAACAUGGAGUCCAUGCAGUUAUAUCUCAAUCUGUCAAACAAUUUGUUUGAUGGUUCCAUACCAGUUCAGAUUGGAGGAUUGCAAAUGAUUCAAGCCAUUGACAUCUCGCACAACAAUUUAUCCGGUAGUGUUCCUGCUUCAAUUCAAGGCUGCAGGAAUUUAUACUCACUGGAUUUGUCUGGAAACAAGCUCUCAGGUCCAUUGCCUUCCAAAGUUUUCUCUCAGUUAGAUUUGCUUACAAGUCUGAAACUCUCAGACAAUGAAUUGGAUGGAGAACUUCCAUCCAGUUUUGCAGAAAUGAAGCACAUUGUUUCAAUUGAUGUUUCGAAUAAUCACUUCAGUGGAAGGAUCCCUGAAAACUUGGGUAAUCUUUCGAGCUUGCGGCAACUCAAUCUCUCAUUCAAUCAGUUUGAAGGUCCCGUGCCGGAGACUGGUGUGUUCAGGAGCCUCAACCUGUCUAAUUUGGAAGGCAAUGCAGCACUCUGUGGAUCCAAAUUCUUCUCUCCUUGUGACAAAGAACAACAAAAACAACGGUUUUCCAGAAAAGCACUGGUAAUUGUCAUAGUUCUUGUAUCUGCUGCUUUUCUGUUGGUGAUCGUAUUCAUCGUUCUCUUCACCUAUCGACGGAGUUCUGGAAAGCGAAAGGCGGCAAGUUCUAGACAUUCAAAUGCCGAGCCUUCCAUUGUGCCGGCAUUGAAAAGAUUCACUAAAAAAGAGUUAGAAAUAGCAACUGAUUUCUUCAGUGAAAACAAUGUGAUUGGUCACAGCAAUUGGAGCACUGUCUACAAAGGCAAACUCGAAGGUGAUCAUGAUCUCGAUCAUUUUAUAGCCGUAAAAAAGCUGAAUUUAGAGCAAUUCCCAAGUGUUUCCGACAAAUUGUUCAUCACUGAGCUGAGAAUUCUGAGCCAAUUGAAGCACAAGAACUUAGUCAAAGUCUUAGGCUAUGCUUGCGAAACUGGAAAGCUGAAAGCCUUAGCUCUUCCCUUAAUGGAAAAUGGCAACCUGGAGAACAUAAUUCACAACAAUGAGCACCGGUCGAGAUUUACGACGAUAUACGAAAGGCUGAAAGUUCUCAUCUCUGUUGCUCAUGGCCUGGUUUACUUGCAUUCAGGCUAUGAUUUCCCCAUUGUUCAUUGUGAUCUCAAGCCAUCAAACAUCCUACUUGAUAAAGACUUUGAAGCUCAUGUCAGUGACUUUGGCACUGCCAGAAUUCUUGGUCUGCAUUUGCUUGAUGGCAACAGCAAAUCCACAACAACAACAACAUUUCAAGGCACAAUUGGAUACAUGGCACCAGAGUUUGCUUAUAUGAUGAGGCCGACGACGAAGAUAGAUGUUUUUAGUUUUGGAAUUGUAGUGAUGGAGUUCAUGACUAAGCGGAGACCUACAGCAGGGAAUGAAGACAAUGGAGAGGAGUUGGCAUUACAAGAUUAUGUUGGUAAUGCAGUUGGUGGAGGUGUUCAGAGUGUUGUUUCAAUGGUGGAUUCUGACAUGAAUCUUGCAACUGAAAUUGAAGUGGAGAAGGUUGUUGGUGUGUUGGAGCUAGCUUUGUCUUGUGUCCGGCCGGGCACCGGUGACCGGCCAGACAUGAAUGAGGUGUUGUCCUCUUUGUUGAAGCUAAACAAAGACUAGGGAAUUUUUCAGGCUAGGUGUUUGGUUCACCGUAUUUGGUUUUCUGAAUUUGCCAGGCAAAAUUAUGCAUGUAUUUAGAGCUGUACUUCAGUGUGACAAUGUAGACUCUGAAAUCUGGAAAUUUUGAUUUAAACUCUCCACCAAAUCUACAUAGAAAUUAUUGUAAUAAAAAUUUUCAAAUUCAUGCAGG